GAAAGCUUAAAGGCUGGAAUAUAGCUUGUCGGUGUCAACAAUUCCUAUUAGUACUAUGCAAGGCGCAGACUCGUGAUGUCACGCUUUUUCAUACUGUCUCAAAUACGCAGGUACAAACAAUGUUUAGUGAACUUAUUUUUCAUAUGGUUUUUAAAUGUGUAAUGUAAUAAAAUUCUAUGAAAAAAUGUGAUGAGCAAUAAAAAAAGAAGUGAAUCCAAAGUUUUAAAAUUAGAAAGUGACCUUGUCAGAAGUGUUUCUCAAUCGUCUCGAUCUUGUGCUUCGAAAGCCUCUCCUGUGACUAGUGGCAAAGGUGCGUUCUCCAUUUCGAAACAUCAUGUAUAUAAUUGCGUACAAUAUAUAUUUUGAAACAAUAAAAAUGUGAUUUCCUGUGAUACUACAAUCUCUUGCAAUUUUAAUUAGUGAUUAUUUUUUUGUUUUUUUAUCAAAUAUUUAUAACUACUAUAUAUGCAUAAAUAUAUUCACAUGAGACCUUAAUUGUAUAUAAGGAUGGAAUAGAAUCAGAACUUAAAAAUUAAAAUGAAAGGAAGGAAUAUGAAAGGAAAGAGUAGAAGAGUCCGUUAUACAUUUUCCGCAAUGAUUAACAGACUAUGCCGGUAUAAGUUUGUAAACACUAAGGAAGCAUGAUGUCUAGUUUUAACGGACCUAACCUACGUCCUUCACUCUAUACAGAACUUCUUUAACAUCUGUUGUCAUCUUUGACUUAUAUUGUCAUUAAGCUAUAAACAAUCAAAAUAUAAUUAAACAGAAUUAUGAAUUAUUAUUUUGAACAGAACAUCUACAAAAGCAAAAACAAAAGCAUGAAGCACAACAAACUUUUGUGAAAAAUGUUUUAAACGCCCAGAAGAAAAUAUAAUGUACAAAAAAAAGAUUGUAUUCAAGAUAUUCUAAUUUAAACCACAAACAGUAAUAAAUUUUUUACAUUUGUAAAUAGAAACAUUUUAAACAGUAGAAAGAGAAAACCUAUUUAAAAAUUUUGUAAUGAAAAAACAGAAUGUAAUAAAAUAAAAGAAAUGAGGUAUAUAAGAAGGAGUGUUGUAGAAUUAAUUUAUAAUUAAUACACACGGGCUUAAUAUAUAUUUAUAUAUUUAUGCACACGCACAAAUGUAAUUAAAAGUAUUCCAUAAAAAAAUAAAUUGUAAAACAAAAAAGUAUUAUGGAAUUAUUAAAUGCAAGUAUUAUUGAAGAUAAAUUUAUGUUUUUAACAUAAAUCCCAGAAAAGGAUGAACAGUUUUUGACAAAUUGCAGUCAUAAUAAAAUAAGUUUACUUAAAGUAAACUAUUUAAACUACUGUAAUAAAAAAAGAAGUUUACUAAAAUAGAAAAUAAUGAAAAUAUUGAAAAUAAGACUGUGAAAUUAACUUGCUCACUGAAUAACAUGAUAUAUUUUCCGUCCACUUAAUACUAAAAUACUUUAGAAAAAGUAUAUUAUUUAAGAAAAGUAUGUGACUAGAAUUACUUGGUCAUUUGUGCAAUCCUGUACUAGUUACAAAUAUAUAUGUAUAAAUAUAUACAUAUAUAUAAUAUUAUGAAGAAUGGCAGAUCCACAUACUGUGAGUAGCGUGAUCUCAACUUCGACCAACCCACGUCUUGGAGAAAAACGGGCACUAGCUGCACGUAUAUCUACUUAUGCUUUGGGUUUAGCAUUAUUGGCAGUAAUUCUCCAAUCAGCAGUCACUGCUUUGCCAACUUGGGGAUAUUUUUCAAAUCCUGAUGCUGGUAGUGGAAUUGAAAAAGGAUACUUUGGACCAUGGAGACAAUGCAAAUAUUUACUCUAUGGUCGUGAGAAAUGUGGUCAGGGUGUAUCCAGAUUUAAACCAGUUUUUGCUGUAUGGGUUUCUGGUUUAGCUGCUGCAGGAACUUCAGUUUUACUCGCAUUCAUUACAGGAAUAACACUCAUUCAAUUAGCUAUGGCAUCGUCAGCAAAACGAAUGAUUGUUUCGUAUAAUACGGCAACUGUUGGGAAAAUUGCACUAUCUACCUUGGCAACAUUUCUAGCCAUUGUUGCAGCUGGGUUAUUUGCACUACAAACGGAUGAUAAAGCCAAUAGUUUUAUUAUUGUAAGAGGAGAAGGAUUCUAUAUGCAGUUAGCUUCCAUCGCUUUGAGCUUCAUCAUCCUUGUAUCUUCUGUUUAUGAAGGGAUUUAUGUUCGAAGAGGAGGGGAUCCUACAAAGUUAAGACCGAUUCAAAGCGAUUCAGGCACUACAAUAAACAAUCCUGGUUAUAGAGAACAUCACCAACCUACUAAUGGAGGUGCAGUGUCUAUGACUGAUUCUAGUAGGACACCUUACUUAUCCGUUGCAGGCAAUGGUUCUAUAGCAUCUGUUGCUACUUCAGGAAGUAUGGUUAGUGUCUCCUCGCCACUCAGAAGUUCUUUGAAAAAACCAAAACCUUUAGGAAUCCAUAAUCCAGGAUUUUCGACACAUAGUCCAACGUUUUCAAGAAAUGGCUCGCAGAAGAAAGUGCGCAUUCAAACACAUUCUACAGAAGUUUAAUGUCGUAUGUUUUAUUAAUGACUCAACAAAAAAUUUACUGUUAGAGCGUGCCAGUUGUUAAUAAUAUAUUCCUGCCUGGUUAGUUGAAGAAAUUUUUUUAUUCAUAUAUUACUGUAGAGUAUAUGAAAUUCCAGUUGCCUUAUGAACUAAAAACAUCAGUUGUAGAAAUUUUCAGACCAAAUAAGAUAUUUUAUUAUAAACGAUAUUAUUUUAAAUUGUAUAUUAUAAAUGUACAUUUAAAACAUAUUUUUAAAUUUUUUACAAGUUAUUUCUAUGACAAAAACUUUAAAAAAUAAAUGUAAAAUAAAAA